AACAUUCACCUGUGCCGUUCUACAUAUCGUGGACAUCGACCACUAUCAUGCCAAGCUCUGUGGCAUCACUAGACUCUACUGCAUCAGAUGACUCUUAUGAUGAGGAGGAAUACCGUCUAGCGCAGCAGGAAUGGGAAGAGAGUUUGGAGCAACUCCAGCAGUUGGUUUCCAUCGUCCUUCUCCCAUUCUUCGGAAAGUGGUUGGGCAGGAGAUGGAGUCAUUGGGCAUAUGCACGCUAUUUACGUGUCGGUCUGGGGAAGUCAUUCUUCCUGGGCGAACGGGUUCUUCUAGCGGCAUCGCAAUAAUCUACUCUAUCGCGCAAUUAUUGUACACCGGUAGAUGCCUCCUGUGCUCUCCACCUCAUUUUGAUCUUAUUGACCACCUUCAUAAGUGCCGCUGUCUUUACAAACCCGCUCCCAUUCAUCUCUGACACCAACUGAUUCGCCAAUUCCCAUUCCUUCCGUUGAGCCAAUCCCUGGAGGAGCACAUACCACGCGUCGUGGCCAAUCAUGAGUCUGUCUGCUUGCAUUCCCCUGAAAUAUAAUAAUGCAUUGCGCACACCCCGCGGUUCUGGGUUGCUCAGCGACGCUCUGAGCAGUAUGUGAUACAUGGGUUUCGUAGGCACGAUAUUUCGACUCCGCAUGCGUUGCAUGAUAUCUCUUUGGAAGUCUUCGGCAGCCGUGGCAUCGAGCCAUCUCGCUUGCACUAUUCUCGCCAAGAGAUUGGUAUAUGUUAUAUCGUUUGGCGCAAUUUCUUUAUCCUCCGACUGCUCCAUCUUCGUUAGCAGUGCCAUCGCAGCCUUGAAAUCGGUGAUGUUCUCCUGCCUGAGUAAAUGGUCGAUGAUCCCGGUAUACAGUGCAGUAUUUGCUUUGACGCCCUGCUGGACCAUUAGAUUGGACACGAUCUCUAUGGCAUCUUCCCGCACCGGAAGCAGUGAUCUAAGGAGGGUGGAAAAUGUGAAGACGUCGCCGACAAGACCCUGAGAGUCGAUCAUCUGUAAGAUGGAAGCGAGUUUCUUCAGAUCACCUUUCCGCUGAUGAUAUCUCAUGAACGUAUUGAAGGUGACAAUGUCAGGACUUGGUCCCUCGGUUUGCAUUCGCCGAAGAAGUGCAUACGCAUCAUCCUCCAUGCUCUGGAAUAAUAGACCAUGUAACAC